AUGGCCUCCUAAACUGAUCAAGAUCUCCCUCACCGCGACGAUUUUGACAAUAGUAAUCCAUUGUAUUAAACAACUAAUGCAGAUGGCUCAAAUGAUGCAGCCUAUAUAUAAGACACCCCUCAAAAAGGUCACAGAUCGAACUCUCAUGGUGUGGACGGAUCAACAGCGGAACUAGCUUUUAGAGCUACAGCAUCUUCAUCGUUCCUGUUUUAGUCGAAACUGAAUCCUUUCACGGCAACUUUGUCCUCGACCUAGCAUGUAGACCGAAUGAUCAACGCCAAAUUUGAUAAACACACAAAGAAACAAUAGCUUGGAUAGCUGGAAGCAAGAAUUAAGAAAUUGGAGGUCGAAGAAAGCAAGGCGCGAAGAAGAAUCGAAGAGGCACGCAGAUAGCAAGAUUUCAUUAAGAACAUGAAAACAACCAAGGCACAGAGAGUUUAGCAGAAGUAAGAAUUUUUGGAAUUUCUCAAGAAAGCUGAGGAAGAUACCAGAAUGAAGAUUAAUGAGACUAGAUAGCGAUAACGCUCAAUGAUCAACUAAAAUUUCACCUCUGUCUUGAAUCAAAAUCACAUGUCGGGUGUGGAAAUAAAAGAACAGAAAAAGCGUAUUAAGGAGAUGAUAGAUCACAAUAAACAUCAGUAUCUCCAAGAAAGGGAACAAGCUUUCUGUAAUCAUAAGAAUAAUAUCAGACAAUCCAUUAUGAACAGGUCAAGUCAGUAGCAUCAGACUCUUAACUCUAAUCAAAAGUUCUACGAGUCAAAGAUACAAAACUAACAAAAAGACGCUGAGGAAUUGGAGAGGAAAUUGAAAGAGAUGGAAUAGCAUGAACAGAUGAUGAUACAAAGAUUAUAGAAUACUUAUAAAAGAGAGAAGAGUACUCUCCAAAAACUCGACGAAGUCAAAAGUAUCUCGGUUCCUAAACCAUCACUGAGAUUUGAUAACUACCAAUAUGUGAAUCCUAGGUAAGUUGAAGCCGAUGCUCAAGCCAAGGCCGAUGAGUACAUGUCACACUUUGACAUGAAUCAGGACGGCUUCAUUUCAUAUACCGAGUUAAUGGCAAGUUAAUUCUUCGAAUCACACGGUGAAGCCAAGUCUUACGCAGAAACAUUCUUUGCCAAUGCUGGAGUUAAAUAGGAUCAAUUAGAGACAGCAAGAGUUACCAGAGACCAGUUGAAGAAGUGCAUCUUUGAUAUAGUCUUGAAUGAAUUGAGAUAGCAAUCUAAAGAACUCUAAUAGGAGCAACACCAAUAAAACGGGCAGCCUAAGAAGCAGCUCUGA